UAAACGGUAGCUCAAGAUCGUUCAAUUAUUCGAUUCAAUUCUGGGGGAAUCAUGGGUUGUUCUCAGUCGAGGAUCGAGAACGAAGAAGCGGUUACCCGAUGCAAAGAGCGAAGACACUUCAUGAAAGAAGCGGUCGCCGCGCGAAACGCCUUUGCCGCCGCCCACUCUGCUUAUGCCAUGUCCUUAAAGAACACUGGCGCCGCCUUAAGUGAUUACGCCCACGGUGUGGUCCAGAAUCCCAAUCCCCUUCCUCACCCCAGGCCGUCCUUUGUGGGACCUCCACCGCCGCAACCACCUCCGGUAGACAAGCUCUUACCUCCGCCCCCUCCUCCCGUGAACCUUUCCGGCGAUCCGGUGGUUCCAAUCCAACGAUCGGCUAGUAUGCCGAUACAGAUGCCGUUGAAAGGGAAGCAAAAGGAGAUGUCGACGCGCACGAUCAUGGAAGAUGAGGAGGAGGACGAGGACGUGGAAGCCAGUGGUUCGUUGGUUAGGCGGAGAUCGCGGAAUUAUCGAGGGAGUGGUAGUGGCGGAAGGAGUAGGAAGGAACUGAGGGAAGAAGAGGAAGAUGACGUGGAGGAAAUAGUAACAUCAACGACCAUUCAGGCGCGUGCAAUGCAAUCACAGCCGCCCCAGGAUUCAACUUACUAUUACUUCUUUCCCACGGCAGAUAGUGUGCCCGGACCGAGUUUAGAGGGUGUAGAAGAAAUGAGGGGGGAGGAUAAUAGGGAGGUUGAAAGGAAGGUGUCUGAGGAAAUGCCGAGAAGAGUAGAGGACGAAGAGGUGGUGGAGGAGAAUAUGGGGGAGGAGGAAGUAGUCAUGGAGAAAGGGCAGAAGGCGACAGUGGAGGUGGAGAUGCCUGUGCCUAUGGCAGCUGGGGCUGGGAAAGUUAGCAAGAAAGCUGCGAAAGUGGGUUUUGGUAGUACAGUAGAGAAGAAGUUGGGAAAGGGGAGUUUCACUUUGUUGCAGGUGUUUACUGAACUUGAUGAUCAUUUCUUGGUGGCCUCAGAGAGCGCUCAUGAGGUUUCCAAGAUGUUGGAAGCUACUAGGUUGCAUUAUCACUCUAAUUUUGCUGAUAAUCGAGGACACAUUAAUCACUCCGCAAGAGUAAUGCGAGUUAUCACUUGGAACCGGUCAUUUAGAGGAUUAAAUUUCGACAAUGCUGAUAACGCAAACGAUGAUUUUGUUUCGGAGGAGAAUGAGACCCAUGCCACCGUGUUGGAUAAAAUGCUUGCAUGGGAGAAAAAGCUUUACGAUGAAGUGAAGGCUGGUGAGCUUAUGAAGUUUGAGUACCAAAGAAAGGUAGCCACUCUAAACAAAUUAAAGAAACGAGGUACCAAUUCUGAGGCACUCGAAAAGGCAAAAGCAGCAGUAAGUCAUCUACAUACUAGAUACAUUGUCGACAUGCAAUCCAUGGAUUCAACAGUUUUGGAGAUAAAUUGAUUACGAGAUGAGCAGCUCUACCCAAAACUUGUUCUGCUCAUUGAUCGGAUGGCAACAAUGUGGGAAACCAUGAGAGUUCAACAUGAAGGCCAAUCUAGGAUUGUGGCAAUCCUGAGGGAUAAUCUGGACCUCUCUCAAUCGCCGAAGGAAACAAGCGAGCACCACCAUGAGCGUACAAUCCAGCUGUUAGCAAUUGUGCAGGAUUGGCACAUGCAGUUUUGUAAGCUUAUAGACCACCAGAAAGAGUACAUAAAAGCCCUAAACAAUUGGUUAAGGCUAAAUCUCAUCCCCAUCGAAAGCAGCCUUAAGGAGAAAGUUUCUUCGCCACCAAGGAUUGAAACUCCACCUAUUCAAAGGCUCAUCCUUGCUUGGCUGGAAAAACUUGAGAAACUUCCAGAUGAGAUUGCAAGAAGUGCCAUUAAUAACUUUGCUCACGUGAUUGAUACUAUCAUGCAGCAUCAACUAGAUGAAAUGAAGCUGAAGGAAAAAUGCGAGGAAACUAGGAAGGAGCUUGCGAAGAAGCAACGACAGUUUGAGGACUGGUACCAUAAGUAUAUGCAGAGAAGAACACCGGAGGAGCUGGAACCAACCAGGACGGAUGACAACCCUAGCAAUGAUGCCGUCGCUGAGAGACAACUUAUGGUGGAAGCAGUUAAAACGAAAUUGGAAGAAGAGGAAGAGGCCUACCGGAGGUUAUGUAUUCAGGUGAGGGAGAAGUCUUUGGUGAGCCUUAAAACUCGGUUGCCAGAGCUCUUCAGAGCAAUGACAGGUAUUGCCUUUGCUUGUUCAAAAAUGUAUGGGGAGUUAAGGGCCAUCACUGUCUCAAGGAAUCCAAAUCAUAGCUCAUAAUACUUAUUGCAUUUGUAAUUUUUUAAUGUAUACUAGUAUUUUACGCGCUUUACAUAGAUACACUCAGACCAACAGGAAGGUAUAGGAUGAACUCUAAAGUGCUA